AUGCUUUCGCCCGGAGAGAUGGCGAGAGAGCACCUGAGAGCUUUGGUGAAGGGCAUGGAUCCGGGCGCAACGGGGAAGAUAGGGCUUAGAGAAGUGGUGACCUUCGUCAGCGCGAGGCAGGGCGGGGGCGGGGCAGGAAGGGCCGCGAAAGCCGCCGAGACGGCCCUGAAAAGAGCUCUUGCUAGGGCGGAGCUCGGGGGCAGCUCGGUGGAGGAGGCAUUUUCCCUUUUGGACAAGCAGGGGACGGAUUCGGUCAGCCAUGCCGACUUUUGGGAGGCUGUUCGCAACCUGGGAGGCGUGCCGGGGUUGGUGAAGUCGGACCUCGACCCCUUACUCCGGCGUCUUGACACGGCCGGGGACGGAAGGGUGUCACUACCUGCUCUCAUGCGAUGGACUGAGAGGAAGUUCUUGUCGUCCUCUGCUGUCGAAAACGCGGCCCGAAAGAAGAUUUUUAAGGCAGAAGCAGUAGCGUUGAGAGACGGACAGGAAGGCGCGGUUCCGAUUGAACAGGCUUUCGCGGCAGCCGGAGACCUCUCCGACGCUAUCAAGGCCCUACGGAACGUGCACCUCACGCCCAGAGAGACGGCGGCCUUGGCCAGGCGUUUCGAAAAAGCCGGGGGAGCAGGAAUCGACGUUCCGGCAGCGCUGCUAUUCUUUGGUCGCGACAUUCAUUUGCAGUCCAAACCAAUAGAGAAUGUUGUUGAGCCCAGCGAUGGCAUUGGGAGUCAGGAGAACAGGGAUAGCCAGGGGGAGACGUUACGAGAGAAUCUCCAGCAAGAGGAAGACGAGGAAGAGUGGCUAGCCUCGGAGGUCGAGCGAAAGCUGAAGAACAUCGUGAUGAAAGCGGAGAGCAUGGGUACGUCACUCGCUGAAGUGUUCGGGGUUUUCGACAAGGAUGGGUCAGGGUUCAUCACCGCUGCCGAGCUGGAGGAAGGCCUUCGAGAGCUACGGGUGUUCGAUACCGUUCCCAGGGAUCAGGUAAUUUCCUUUGCCAGGAAGCUCAAGAGCUCUUCCUCCUUCUCCGGCCGAGACAAUGGCGAUGACAGCGAGCUGGUUGUUAGCGCGGAGGAGUUCGUGCGCUUUGUCGGCGGCGAGUACGAGGCCACCGAGGCCGCCCAAGGCCGGCUUCGCAGAGUCCUGCAGCUCGCGGAGGAGAGGGAGGGGGUCACCCUGGAGGCUGCGUUCGGGGCCCUUGACAAGAACGGUACAGGAAGCAUUUCCACAGCUGAUCUAGAAGAAGGCCUUCGGCAGUUAAAGGUUUUCGACGGAAUGUCCAAGGAACAGGCGUCCCUGGCAACCAGGCGUUUUGACCAGAACGGGGACGGUGUCGUUAGCCUCUCCGACUUCUUGGCCUUCGCCGGAAAGCCGUACUCCGCUAACGAUAGGCCUCUGGAGGCCAAACUUAGGAGAGUUCUGCUCAAGGCUGAAUCGAUGGGCGUAUCUAUGGAGGAGGCAUUCAAGCACUUCGACAAGGAUGGCUGCGGCUCCAUCACCGCACAGGGCUUCUCUACGGGUCUCCAGGAGAUGGGCGUUUUCAAGGAAUUUUCGCAGGAGGAGAUUGUUGAGGUAGUGUCCAGCUUCGGCGGCGACGAGGACGGCGCCGUCAGUCUCCCAAAAUUCCUCCGAUUCCUGGGAAAGGAGUACGGAAGAGGUGCCGGUGGGAAGAGUGGAGGAGCAGGGCCGGGAGCGGGGGGGGGGCGAUCUUUGGCUGGGAGGCUACGGUUGAUCCUCAAGAAGGAAGACGAAGCCGAGGUCAACGCAGCUCGCCGCACCUCUUCUUCUGAUAGUGAAGUGUUUCUGACCCUGCCCGUUUUAGAAGCGUUUGUCGAGGGUGGCGACGCGUUCCUGGCCCGGAAAGAAAGAGCCGCGCUGGCCCGGCGACAAUCUCAGGAGGCGUUAUUGGCUAAGAAACACGCCGGUGCGGAAGCUGCUGCUGCAAGCCCCACUCAAGCCAGCUCGGGCGCGUCAAGCGCUUCUCGUACCCGAGCCAACUCGUGGUUCGCAGGGGAAAAUGCGGCUGCCACCGACGCCAAUGACAGCAGCGGCGCCUCCGGCAAGGGAACCGAGAACGAGCGGGAGCUGCUGGAACGUUUGAGGGUGGUGCUUGCUAGAGCUGCGGGGAAGGCGAGUCGAGAGGGUGAGGACAGUGACGGCUGCGGCGGUGCGAGCCUGGACGAUGGCGGGGUGCGGGGGUAUCUUGACUCGUUUGACGUCGACGACGACGGCGUUCUGCGGCCGGAGGAGCUCGUGGCCUCUCUUCGUAGCCUCGGCGCUAGGGGCGGAGAGUUUCAUGGGCGGAAGGGGGUCAACGCCCUCCUGUCCCUAUUCCGCGACGGAACUGAGAGCCCCGCUGCAGGCGCACAAAUCGGGGCGAGUGUCGUGAAGAUAGCUUGGUGGUUUGCCGAACAGGCCAGUUCAAAGACAGCAUCGGGAAGUGCUGCUGCCGGUGGUAAGUCCUCCUCCAAUGUCCGGUCGGGCAUGCUGAGGGGCGAGCCCGGCGGCGACCGCGUGAGGGAGGAGACAAGCAGAGUCGGGGCCGGAGAUGCGCUCCGACGAGCCGUGGGGAUCGCAGAAGCGAAGGGAACGACAAUGGAAAGGACGUUUGCUCGCCUGGACGAUGACGGGGACGGUUUCAUAACGCUAAGGCAGCUGCUUCGGGGAUUGGAUCAGCUGGGCGUAUUUGAGAUGGUGACACUUUUGGACACCAUGUAG